AAGCCUUUGAGCUGAGGCGGAAUGUGAUGAUCAAUGUAUAACUAACUAUCCCCGACAGUAACUUCUUAUAUGAUUGAGGAAAUGGAAAGAUUAAUUAAGGGGGACAAUAACUGUACAUUAAUUUUAUUAGCAUCGUAUGCGAUUUAUUAUAUUUCCAUUCUUUAGACUGCAUAUACAAACGUAAAGUAUUUAUGAGAAUACUUCGUCUUAGAUUUCCAAGGAAUACAGUUAAUUUUGCCAGCGGUUUCCCCGUCCAGAGCCUCAAUGUUUGCAGGUAACUUACUUUCAUCAGCAGUUUGACUUGUGUAACAUGGUAAACAUGAAAAUACAAUUAGUUUUCUUCUGAAGCUGUAGUCAUUACGUACUUAGUAGAUACAUAGUUAUAGUGGAUUAUAUUCAUUCAAAAUGUGCAUUCCAAUUUGGUUCGGAUUCGGACCUCAUUCCGAAGAUGGAUAUGGAUUAUCACCGUCAAAACGUCCGUCAAAAGUUGGAGCCGUGGCAAUGGUUGUUAUGUUUCUUGGAUGGAUAGUAGAACUAGUGGCGAUAACUACCACUUAUUGGGCUGUGUUUACUUGGUUAACUGUGGACACUCAACAAAGACGUCUUACUAUUACAGAGGCCCAUGGUUUGUGGAAGUAUUGUUCCAAGUUUAUUGGAUUGUUUGUAAGAUGUGAGCAUAGUCCUGGAUGGCUAGUGGCAGUGAGGGCAUUAAACGUUAUAGGGAUGAUGUUCGGGAGUGGCGCUCUUGUAUUUAUGGGACUAUUCACAUUUCUCCAUUCAGAAAGAUGGAACAGAAUUUUCAAAUCCUCAGCUUUAAGUAGUGCUAUUCUAUCAGGAGUUUUAGUUCUUAUUGGCGCUAUCGUUUAUGGUGCAUCUGUUAGCCAAGGGAAGGCUCCAUUACCAUACAGUCCAGUUGGUGACGUGCAGUAUGUACUUUCCUGGUCAUUUGCACUAAGCAUCAUUGCCGCCAUUUUGUUUGUAAUAAGUGGAGUCAUAAUGGGGUUUGCCAGAAAACCCAGAAUGAUUGAAUGAGAAUGAAAUACAAGUAACGGCGUCUGUUUUAUCAAAUGUCCUGGAUUUAUGUGCUUGGUUAUAGACGUACAAAAACGUAUUGGAGAGCUUAGGUACUUUGUUAAGUAUGCUAAUUUCUUCAAAUUUUCAUUGACAAAUUUUUCAAUUUUUUUAAGAGAUAAAACAUCAUAUAAAUGUAAAAAUAUCAGACACUGGCGUAAUCACAAAUGCUUCACAUCAAACUACACUUAAUGUUGCAAUUUAAAAUCCAAUAUUUGUUGCUUUCUUCAGAAUAAAGUAAGAUGAGUAUCAAUUGAUAUACGCGUCUUCUGUGUAGGUUUAAGUCGGUAUAGUGUGCGCUACAUAAGCUUGAACUAUUCAGAAACAUAUAUCUUUGUGUAUAUAGUUAAACGGAUAUAGCAAGAUAACGACUGGAUUAUUCGGGUUUAAAAUAUAAGCGUAUAAGUCUGGAAAUCUCAUCUUUUUCUAAAUAUGUAAAACUUACUUUUAUGUUGGAAAUACAAUAUGGCAAUUUUUAUUUUGUAUUAAAAAUUUAUCAACUUU